AUGGGGUGGGCGCACGAGGCGGUGGCCAUGGCGGAGGUGCUCGGCCUGGUGCCGGGCUUCGUGGACAUCCUCGUCCUCGCCGGGGGCCGGACCUCCUCCGGCGCCCCCGCAAGCUGGCGCUCCGGCGACGUCCAGAAGGCCCUCCGGUGGGCGCUCUUCUUCGAGGAGGUAUUCAGGAACCUGCGAGAAUCCGGACGGUACGAGGACUCCGCGAGGGAGUUCGACACCGCUCUCGCGGAGCUCACAUCAAACCGAAAUUUUCCCCAGGGCCUCGCCGAUGUUCGAUCGGAUACGCUCUCGGUGGCGAGGGAGUUGGUUAUAAAGCAUUUUCUGAAAGCCGAGACGACGAGCGUCGAGAACCUGUGCGCUGUUCUUGAAGCGGUUGUGGAGAUGGACAUCGAGGGCAUCGGUGGCAGCGGCGAGCGUGAUACGUGCCGAGAGUAUGUGAAGUCGGUCCUGGAUAUGGAUUUGUCUAGUUUGGCGCGGACCAAGAGUGGCGGUGAUGCCGGGGUUCCCGCCACUAGUUCUGACGAGCUGUAUGCAGAAUCCUUGUUCUUGGGUCAUUCAAGAGUUCUAGUUAGCGAGCUUCUGGAACGGCUAGAUUCAGCGUCGUGUAUUUCUCUAGCUGAGGGAGUACUGGGCAGACUUCUGAACAGCGCGAAAAGGAACAGCUUUGAUGAUGCAGGGAACACGUUGUGCGCACCGGCAAGUCUUAUAAAAUCGCAAUUGGUCGACGAGUUCCUUAUGUGGAAGAAGUGGAGAGGGCGGUGUUUGUCAUACUUGCUUGAUGAACGUACCAUUCGGAUAGUCUCUGGAUCUAAUUUUAUCUUUAGUGCUCCAAAGGAGCAGUGGAUUAGAGUGUUUGAACCAUUAAGAGCUUCUGUAGAUUCUUCUCAGAGUGGCUUCGUUGAAGUCAUGGAGAUAUGCUUGCUGGGUUUGGUUUCAAGGCGAUGGGACCCGUUGAUACAGAGCUUCGUCUCACAUACUUAUAGUUCUGUUCCGAUAUCCAAGCAGUAUUCUGAUCUGCACCAGUUGCUUCAGGGACCUUAUCAGGAUGAAUGCUCAGACAAGAUUCUUGGUUUGAAGGAAAAUGACAUUCUUGAGUAUGCAAGGCAGUCAUUAGAAAGUAAACCACACAUAUUAUGGCUUCUACCUCCAGUUCUUACCGCCGCAGCAAUUCCUCCAAGGUCAACCUUGUUUGAGAUAUACCUUGCUGAAAUCGAUAAGCAAUUUGAUGAAGCUGCUUCCACUGAUCGAAGAUGUAAUUGCAGGAGAGAUGGAAUAGAGCAGCAUCAUAACUGUGAUAUUGCCGAAAGGAUUCAAUGUCUCUACAUAUUCCAUGUUCAACAACCUCAUCUGACGGUUCACUAGUGGCGGUAGUUAAGAUAAUGCUGGAGAUUUGCAAUGUGCACUUCAUUUCCAAGUAAUUGAUUUUCGAGGCUGGCUGCAUUUAAUUACUAUGCAUGUACUAUUGUGGUGAUUUGAUGAACAUUAAACAGCAGGAAAUAAAUACACUUUUUGCAUGUUGAAAGAUGAAAAUCAUUUAUCUAGAAGAGAAAUUGAUCGACAGUGACUGCAUAUAGACUGGUCAAAUAUGAAGAUCAAGUAGUUCUUAUUUCUCAGAUUGUUUCUUCUGAGUUGACAAUCUAUGAUGAAUUUUGAAUUACACCUAUCUUCUUGUUCAACCCAUUACUUUAGGUGAUUUAUUUGCAUCAUAUUUAUUCUUCUCUUUUCCUUUUAUUUUUCUGGUCAAUGAAACUUAAGUGUUUGCAGUACUUGUUGAACAAUUGUGGUUCGACUGAUGUCUGUUGUAUGAUUUUAUUCUAUUUAUCUGGAUGUUGAUGUGACCCGGUCUCUUUAAUUUGGCCUGGUAGUCUGGUAGCAUCAUGGCAGAUGAAUUCCAUCUGGAAAAAAACACCAAUAUGAUCCCUAUGUUGAUCUACAUCAGGUGUCCAUGCUUUUAAAUAUUGAACCCCAUGGUAGAGUAAGGUCUUCAUAGUCACAAAUUCGCGUUAUCCACAUAUUGUUGAAUUAAUUGUGUGUCGAAGUGUAAAUCUUGGAAAGGGUAGUCGGCUUACAUUAUAAUCAGAAAUGCAUUUUUUUUCUUUGAUAAAAUUACUGAAGACUACUAUGUUUUCAAUCUGCAUCCAACCAAUACUUGGCUGACUUUUGUCCCUAUUAUUUUACCUCUUAGUGCUCUAGAUUCCACCUGCUCCCAGUCAGAACUCCAAAGCAUGAUUAAUAAAUUAUUUGUUGAAGUGCUGUAUUCCAGCUGUCCCUUUUCUUACAAAAUGAGAUGCAUAGUCUUGGAUAAGGUAAUUUAGAAAGAGACACUGGCGUGCCAGCUUUAUAAAACCUUCAUACAUGCCAAAUUCGGUUUGUCAACUCCAAAGCACCUAGUUGCCAAAAAGAUACUCCUAGAUUGCAAGCUCUUUAUUUGAUUUUUUUAAUGGAAUAUUGCUUCAUCCACACAGUUAGCACUCAGCAUAGGGCAAGUUAGCUGUACCAUGUCCUGAUACUGGUUGUAAGCAUUCGUGUCAGGAUUUGUUACAACUCCCUAACUGAUUAGUGUAAUAGGUUUAUUCACAUUAAUUUUUCAGCCAGAUCAAACUAGCAGCUGUUAAGCAUAUCUGAAGCCAUAUAUCCAUUUACUGUACUAGCAAUCCAGCAUGGUCAGCCUUCUCAAGCUUUAAUUUUUUCUUAGGAACUUAACGCUGGGUGCUUCUUGCGUGGUCCGCUGGUAGGUUGUAGAAUAUCUAUUACUACACGGGAAGUAACUCCGUGUGGUCCCUACUCUUAAAAUAGAACAAAUGGAGUCCGUUUAAAGUAUUGGUAGACUAUCAGCAUAAUGAUUAGGAAAUUUUGAUACAUUAGCAGAUGAAGAGUCCCCCUCUAGAACCAUAGCCCCGCCUACCCUCCCAUAUGCACACAAGAGACAAUGAAUUGAACUUCUUGACAUUCUUAGCCCCCGAAAUGAUCAUAUUCUUUGCUUAAAGUUUAUUCCCUUCUCUUCUGCAAUUCAAGUCUGUGAAGAAU